CGAGGAUUUGUUUUGAAAACAAAAAUUCAUCGUGAGAGCAAAAAAUAUUGAAUUUUAAUAAAUUUAGGAGGAAAUUUCAACAAAAUUCACGAUGAAAUUCGCUUACAAGUUUAAUAAUUUGUUGGGAACAGUUUACCGCAAAGGAAAUUUGCUCUUCACGCCUGAUGGAAAUUGCGUUAUUAGUCCUGUUGGUAAUCGAAUUACCAUUUUCGACAUGAAAAACAACAAAUCCCAAACCCUUUCCUUCGAGAGCAUGUACAACUACACCGCAAUGGAUUUAUCUCCCAAUGGCUGCCUCUUAGUUGCUGUCAACGAAAAGGGUCAAGCGCACAUGAUCAGCAUGAUUUCGCAAACCGUAAUUCACAAAUACAAGUUCAGCUGCGCGGUUUCUUGCAUCAAAUUCAGCCCGAAUGGAAAAUAUUUCGCCGCUUGCAAAGAAAAUUUCGUCAUGAUCUUCAAAACGCCCGGAACAGCAACCGGCGAAUACACUUCCUUCCUCGUUCAUCGCGUUUUGCGCACAAAUUUCGACCAAACAACGACUCUCGAAUGGUCUGACGACUCCAAAUUACUCGCGGUUGGCGGAAAAGACAGCGUCGUUCGUGUCUUUGCAGUCGAAUAUGUGAAUAAUUUUCGCCCUUAUGCUAUCGGACAACAAUCUUCGGAAAUUGUUGGAUGCUUUUUCUCGGAAAAUAGUUUAGAUUUGAACACAGUUGGGCGAAAUGGGCAACUCGUGCAAUGGAAAUGCAACGUCUCGAUGUCAGAAUUGACCCCAAAAGUGGAUGAAGAGGAGUCUGAAGCAGGAAAAUUUGUUAAAAGGAUCAAACAAGAGGAGUCAGAGACAGAAGAUGAGCUCGGGGAAAAUCCAAUUGAGAAAGAAAUUGACGCCGAUGAGGCUUUUGAGGAAGCGGAAGACUUCGAGGAGGACGAAGAAGACAAAAAACGCGACGAAUUAGGCAAAAAAAUCAUCGUAAAAGAGGAAAACAAGCCUCGACAUCCAUUUUUUUACACAAAAACGAGUCGUCAUUACUUGGCUGAUGAACCACGGAAGGAAAAUCCCAAAGCGAAACUCACGUCAGCUGCUUACCACAAACAAACGAAGCUUUUAAUCGUCGCAUUUACGACGGGAGCCUUUUAUUUGUACGAAUUGCCGGCUGUCACGAUGAUCCAUUCGCUCAGCAUCUCCGAAUAUCAGAUCGACACGUGUUGCUUUAACGACACAGGAGACUGGAUAGCCCUCGGAGUCGCCGGUUUGGGUCAACUUCUCGUCUGGGAAUGGCAAUCCGAGCAAUAUGUGAUGAAGCAACAAGGGCACUCGAACGAAAUGACCUCCGUUGCUUACUCUCCCGACGGACAAUUUCUCGCCACGGGCGGAACUGACGCCAAAAUCAAACUUUGGAACAUGCUAAAUGGCUUUUGUUUCGUCACAUUCACCGAACACACGAGUGCCGUGACAGGAAUUCAAUUUAGCAACUCGAAAAAAUUUCUUGUUUCAGCCUCGCUCGAUGGAACAGUUCGAGCUUUCGACAUCAUUCGCUACAGAAACUUCAAAACUUUUACGACGCCGCGAAUGGUGCAAUUUGGAUGCGUCGCUCUCGAUCAUUCGGGUGAACUUGUCGCUGCCGGAGGACAAGAUGUCUUCGAAAUUUACCUUUGGAGCGUCAAAUUUGGGCAUUUGUUGGAGAUUUUGAGCGGGCACGAGGGACCUGUGGUUUCUUUGGCAUUUUCGCCGGUUGCAACGUCAACUGCAAUGGUUUCGGCUUCGUGGGAUCAAACGAUUAAGAUUUGGGAUUGUCUUGAAACGACGACGAUCCAUGAAACGAUAGACCUCAUGUCAGAUGCUUUGCAUGUCGCCAUGAAGCCAGAUGGAGAGGAAGUUGCUGUGGCGACACUAAAUGGAAAUAUUUCGGUUUUUAAUGUCAAAACGGCGCAGCAAGUUGCGACAAUUGAAGGUAGGAAGGAUAUGGGAAGCGGCGUGUCAGAUGUGGAUCUUGUUACGGCGAAGAAGAAUUUGGAGGGAAAAGCCUUCAAUUCCAUAACUUACUCCGCAGAUGGCGAAUGCAUUUUAGCAGGAGGAAAAUCCAAAAACGUUUGCAUUUAUCACGUUUACGAAUCGAUGCUCUUGAAAAAAUUCGAAAUCACGCAAAAUCACAGUUUAGAUGGCAUGUGGGAUUUUAUUCAUCGUCGAAAUAUGACGGAAUUUGGUAACAUGGCUUUGCUCGAGGAACGUGAAAAUCUUGAAGGAGGAAAUGUCGCAAUUAAACUGCCGGGCGUUGCAAAAGGAGAUCUCGCUGCACGCAAAUUCAAACCAGAAAUUUCAGUUUAUUCCGUGAAAUUUUCUCCUUCGGGACAAUCUUGGAGUGCUGCGACGACAGAAGGACUUUUAAUUUACUCGCUCGAUAAGGGAGUUGUGUUCGAUCCGUAUUAUUUGUCGCUGGAAGUGACGCCAAAGUCAAUACGGGAGUGUUUGAGGAACGAGGAAUAUUCGACUUCGUUAAUUAUGGCGCUCAAAUUGAACGAACAGAAGUUGAUUCAGGAGAUUGUCGAGAAAAUUCCACAUAAACAAAUUCCUCUCGUUGUUCCCUCGUUGCCGGAUGAUUUUGCGCAUCGAUUGUUGGCGUUUAUUGUGAAAGCGCUUCAAGUUAGUCCGCAUCUCGAGUUUUAUCUGCUGUGGGCGAAUACGAUUCUGACGUGUCAUGGGCAGAAAGAAGGCGUGAUGGCUCCUCAAACGUUAGUUGCGUUGCAUCAAGCUUAUAAUCAUCGAUAUGAGACGAUCCAUAAAAUUUGCGACUUCAACAAAUACACAAUGCAAGUUCUAAAAAGAAUGGCAGCAUUAAAAAUGAAAAGUGACGGUUUUAAAGAUCCUUUAACAGAAAGAGAAGAUGAAGACGGAGACGACUUAAUGUUACUGAGAAAUCGAAACCAAGACACCUCCGAAGACGAAAGUUCAACUUCAGAAGAAUAAAAACUAUUAAAAAAUAAUUAAUAAAAAAAAAUUCUUUAA